AUGGGAAAACGGUGCAUUUUUGGACUACGUCACAAAUUGACUGCUUCAUCUGUCAAAGAGGAGCCAUUUAUGAACGGUACUUCAACGGUUUAUAUCGAACAGAUGUAUGAAGCAUGGCGACAAAGUCCAGCAUCGGUUCAUUCUUCAUGGAAUGCUUAUUUCCAGAACGUUGAGCGAAGCUUGCCACCUGGACAAGCAUAUUCUGCGCCUCCGAAAGGACUAGCCGCUUAUUCUGUUUCAUCUGCCGUAGCACCUACACCAGAAUUUGAAAGCACACUAACUGGAUCAGGGCAGACUUUAAAUGAACAUCUGAAAGUUCAGCUAUUAAUUAGAAGUUACCAGACUCGUGGACACAACAUAGCUGAUUUGGAUCCACUGGGAAUCAAUAAUGUGGGAUUGACUGAUGUUACACCUGCAGAAUUAGAUCCGGCAUUUUAUGGACUCACGGAUGCUGAUAUGGACAAAGAAUUUCUUUUGCCAAUGUCAACAUUUAUUGGUGGGGAUAAGAAGUCACUGAAACUAAAGGAUAUAAUCAGUCGUCUGAAGACCAUUUACUGUUCGCAUACUGGAAUUGAAUACAUGCAUCUGACUAAUUUCGAGCAGUUGGAAUGGGUUCGUAAAAGAUUCGAAGAGCCUUGUGCAUCAGAGCUUACGCAUGAGCAAAAAAAAACAUUAUUCAAGCGAUUAAUUCGAUCGACAAAAUUUGAAGAAUUUCUGGCUAAAAAGUGGCCAAGCGAAAAGCGGUUUGGUCUUGAAGGUUGCGAGGUUCUAAUACCAGCUGCCAAACAAGUAAUCGAUGUAUCCAGUGCGGCUGGUGUUGAUUCUGUUGUGAUUGGAAUGCCUCACCGAGGACGAUUGAAUAUGUUAGCAAAUGUUUGUCGCCAACCUUUGCCAGUAAUUCUUUCCCAAUUUUCUACGCUGGAACCGGCUGAUGAAGGAUCGGGUGAUGUAAAAUACCAUCUUGGUAUUUCCUUGGAGCGAUUCAAUCGAGUUUCUGGAAGGAAAAUUAAAAUUGCUGUUGUUGCGAAUCCAUCUCAUCUUGAAGCUGUUAAUCCCGUAGUUUUGGGAAAGGUACGAGCGGAGUCAUUUUACAAUGGUGAUGAAAACGGUGAUCGUACGAUGGCAAUUUUAUUGCAUGGUGAUGCAGCAUUUUCUGGACAAGGUGUUGUUAUGGAAACAUUUAAUCUUAACGAUUUAAAAGCUUAUACCACUCAUGGAACUAUCCAUCUUGUCGUUAAUAACCAGAUUGGCUUUACAACCGAUCCACGAUGUUCUCGAUCGUCUCCCUAUUGUACGGAUAUUGGGCGUGUUGUUGGAUGUCCAAUAUUCCACGUGAAUAGUGAUGACCCAGAAGCAGUGAUGCAUGUCUGUAAUGUAGCUGCUGAUUGGCGUCGUACUUUCAAAAAGGAUGUUAUCAUUGAUCUGGUAUGUUAUCGACGAUACGGACAUAACGAACUUGAUGAGCCUAUGUUUACCCAACCACUGAUGUAUCAGCGCAUUAGAAAGACAAAACCAGUGCUUUCAAUUUACCAAAAGCAAAUUCUAGCUGAAAAUGUUGCCAGUGAGCAAUAUGUAGAGGAUGAAGUAACCAAAUACAAUACUUUACUGGAAGGUGCUUACCAAGAGGCACAAAAAAUGACGUAUCUUCGUCACAGGGAUUGGCUUGAUUCUCCAUGGAAUACUUUCUUCAAAAAGCGUGACCCACUCAAAAUACCAGCAACUGGUAUUGCAAAAGAGACGAUUACUCAUAUCGUUGAGAAGUUUUCAUCUGUUCCAGCAGAUUUUAAUCUUCAUCGGGGUCUGGAGAGAAUAAUGAAAGGACGACGUCAAAUGUUUCAAGACAACAGUUUUGACUGGGCAAUGGGAGAAGCUGUUGCUUUUGGUUCUCUCCUUCUCGUAUUCAUGUGCGCUUGUCAGGACAAGAUGUGGAAAGGGGAACAUUUUCACACCGGCAUCAUGUGUUACAUGAUCAGAAAAUCGAUCAAAAACCAAGCUGAAUAUAGUAUUUCUAACUCAUCACUUUCGGAAUUUGCAAUCCUCGGUUUUGAACUCGGUUAUUCAGUGGUGGAUCCGAAUUCGUUAGUUAUAUGGGAAGCACAAUUUGGGGAUUUUGCAAACAAUGCUCAGUGUAUUAUUGAUCAGUUCUUGUCUUCAGGUCAGUCAAAGUGGAUUCGGCAAUCGGGAUUGGUGAUGUCACUGCCACAUGGAUACGAAGGAAUGGGUCCUGAACAUAGUAGUGCACGUUUGGAACGCUUUUUGCAAAUGUGUAAUGAAGAUGACGGAAUCGAUGUUGAGCAUACCGCCUUCGGACCCACUUUUGAAGCGCAGCAAUUAUAUGACACAAACUGGAUUGUCGUACAUUGCACAACGCCUUCUAAUUUUUGUCAUCUUUUGAGACGACAAGUAGCGUUACCUUUCAGAAAGCCACUAAUUAUAAUGUCACCCAAAUCGCUUCUGCGUCAUCCAUUAGCACGUUCUACCAUUGAAGAUUUCCUGCCUGGUACGAAAUUCUGCAGAGUUAUUCCAGAAAGCGGAAGUGCUGGUCAAAAUCCAGAAAAGGUGGAACGCUUGGUUUUCUGCACCGGUAAAGUUUACUACGACUUGGUAUCUGCAAGGAACCACCUAAACCUAGAUUCACGGGUAGCGAUAUGUCGUGUUGAGCAAAUCUCUCCCUUUCCAUACGACUUAAUCGAGGAGGAGUGCCUUAAGUAUGGCAAAGCAGAACUUAUUUGGGCACAAGAGGAACACAAAAAUAUGGGCGCAUGGGGAUUCGUCCAUCCAAGACUUGGAACACUUGUAGCAAAACAAGGAAGACUACUCAAGUAUGCAGGUCGAAAGCCAUCGGCAGCAGCAGCAACAGGUAAUAAAUACAGUCACUACGUCGAGUUGAAAAGUUUAUUGGCAGACGCUCUGCACGCUCGAAAAGCUGAUAUCGACAAAUUCAUUGGUGGAUAA